GGCAGGAGUAGUGGAUGCAGGAGCGGGUGGUCCGAGUUCGGCGCCGACAUCGAAAAGUACGAGUGGGCUGCUGAGUGCUGCCGUGAGCAAGGCAAAGCAGCAGUUGCGUGCCAAAAAUAUCGGAGGUGGAAACCGUCGUUUGGGAACUACGAGCAGCCGCAUUUCCUCGCCGACGAGUCUGCGCGAACAAGAAAAUUCAGAGCAAGAAGCGGCGAACACUAGCUGGGAACAAGCGCGAGGAUCGAUACCCAGUCGUGGCGCUACGGGAAAAAGUCUUGGUGGAACUGUGGCCCCUCCUUCCGGACAGAGAACAUGUAAAAUUGGGGACCGCAGUUUCCCACCAACGGAUCUACCCUCCAUGAGCAUAAGUAAGGAAACUGUUGCCACCUGUGCCACUACAAGCUCCACAAGUUGUACAAGCUCAAACACAACCAGUUUGCUUCCCGGCAGAGGACAGGGAGAUUCCGGAAAUGAUGAUGGAGCAGAGGAGACCAAGAGUAGCCCCUCCUCGCCACCGGAGUCACCUGUUCUGUUGAAGAAGGGUCUGAAGCCGGCAAACCUGCCAAGAAUAAGUGUGUCCUCGCCGAAUUGUACUGGCAUAAAUUUAGCGCCUAAGCCUCCAGGUGGUGGGAGCCAAGGUACAGGACCUGUCGUGUCAGCUUCUGGCACCUCUAGCGCUGGUCCCAGCGGCGUAGCAACAAAUUUGCUUCAGUUUCAAAACCUGAGUUUGAACUUCAAAACAACAAGUCGGAAGAGCUGUGGAAAUGUGGCGAGCGGCACUAGCAGCUCCAGCAGUAGCAGUCCUUUUACGACGGCCGCUGUGCCUCCAGCACAGGGACGGCGGCAGAGUCAAAGCCACAUUGUCCUCAACGCAGGUGCUGCGCCGCAGGCAUCAGGUAGUGAAACGAUCAGUGCUGGGAUGGAGUCAGAGCCAGCAGUAGGUGCAAGUAGUACGGCGGCAGGAGGCACCUCCACUGCAGUGACGACAACAGCCGCCGUUACGGCGACAACGGGUGGAAACUUUACUUCUGGAGGUUCCUCCGGUUCUAGCUGUCGCCCACAGCUGUGCAUCGACACGACGGACAGUAGUUGUGGCUCGGCGGGGCAGCAUCGGCAGACUACGCCCACGCAGCGCGAUCACAAGAAGUACAGACCGGAGCGCUUGCAGGAGCUGCUGAAUAACGUGCACAGCAUGCUGCAGCAGCAUAUUACCCUCCGACAGUCUUCGCAAGGCGUGCAAUCAGAGGACCUUUUGAAAACCGUCGAAGAGUCUCUGGCAGCAAAUCAAGAGCACUUGGAGAGGCUGCUGCGUGUCGGCGGCGCGUCCUCGGGUAGCGGGCAAAGCGGUCAAACAACUGGAGACUGGACAGAGUCACAUGGAGGUGGAGCACCAAAUGCAGGAGGUGAUGGUGCUCAGAGCCUCGUCUUAGAUCCCGGCACAACAGGACUGGGUUCGCAUUCUGUAGUUGGUGGCGCAACUACGUCGUCCUCGGGUACUGCUAGCGCGACGCGGGGUAGCAGUUUGCAGGUACCAAGAGCACAGUCUUUUAGGCGUGGGUGGAGCUUAGAAAAACAAUCAUCGCUCUUUGGCCCCGACAGUCGUCUGAAGGCUCGCGGCCGGUCAGUCGAGUCCCGCUCCGUGCCUCCAGCACUCGACACCGUAGUGAACCUCAAUGUAACGCCAACACUCGAAAAAGAACCUAGUUCUCUCAGACCGAGCCACGGCGUAGGCCGCAACGCAGGAGAAGAUGGGCGGGUUGUUGCUGAAGGGGACGUUGGUGUUGCCGAAGGCACUUUUCCACGCAGCUCUCUUUCUGGGCCACCACAAAAUGGUACUACUAGUAGACGAGAUCAACAAGAACAAGAACAUUCGACGACGACGACGACGAGAGAAGGUGACCAAGAAGAAAUGAAGAAGAUAUCACCGUCAUCGGCUGCUGGAUUUCAUUUUCCUGGACUGCAGAUCGAUACAAAAAAUCUGUUCGUCGAAAAAGCGAUUCUAGAGAAGAGGAUACCCGGCGUUCCUCUGCUGCAGCCACACGGAAGCGGGCGCCCGCCGCCGCAGCACUUCAGCGGAGCGCGAGGUAAACUUUCCAUUUUGUUUUGAUCUGAAAGAUGUUCGAAAUACGAUUUAUUCAUAUCGAAGAACCCGAUCACGCACAAGUGUUGAUCUACGUCUAGUACUUAUUUCAACCACCUGCAAUCCAAUUUUUUUUUGAAUUUGACAACAUAUCAGGUUCGAGUCUACCGAAUUGGACGAAACCGCGAGUGCUGGGACCCAUGAAAAAGAAGCCAUUACUGCGGGGCGCGCCAGUACUCAACUUUCUGGAACCGAUUGGUGAAGAAGGAGGACCCUGAGGUUCUUCUGGAAGCGAUUUGUGAAGCCAAAACCACUCGUAGACCCUUCAAGUACUUAUAAUUUUCCUACGUUUAAGAUAGAAAUUGCCGCCUGAUGAAUUAGAGAUUAGAAAAGAUAGGAAUAGUCAAAAAUAGAGAUAAUUAUUGCCAAGUUUAGUUCUUUUAUUUUUGCGUACAAACGACAUGGAAUUAGCUGCUGGCUAGUUAGAAUCUUCAUGUAAAGGUGUAGAAUACCUGCGACACGCGCCACGUCGUUCUGGGAGUUUGUCUAUGCAAAUGCAUUUUUGCUUUUCAUAAUUCAUUCCGGGGGGGAUCGCGGGGAGCCUUCUUUAAGAACAGUGCAUGAUUAAUAAUUGCAUUCCUCUUUUUCGAUUACUAAUCGUUUUGCUCCUUAAAAAUUUUGCAAUUCCGACGAAUUAAAUUUUUUUGUCAAGCAGAUCCAAAUUGACGCCGUGGGACCGUCCACGCAUGUGACGUACGCAUACGACGUUCGCAUCCAUUGCAUGAAAUGUACCGAAUGAGACAUGACAUUCGCAGAAUUUGGAUGACCAUGAUAUCACGAGCUAAAAAUUGAUAUGCAUGAGGUUCCCAGAAUUUGGAUGGCUAACUCUACAUGGAGUCUACGCCUUUCACGUUAU